AUGACCCUACCUCACAAGCACAAGUUCAACAAAUACUAUCACCAACUUGUUGAAGAAAAAUUUGCUUGGAUUGUGGCAGAACAAACUACUAAGGACAAUGAACCUGACACUUCAUACACAAACUUCAAUCAAGAGCCAGUCAGAAACACACACAAACACACAACAGGAGACAACCCUCAAAAGUUGUGGAUUCUAGAGAGAAACUUUCCUUUGUCUGGAUGGUUCUUAACACCAAUGGUAUUCAUAGUCUUGCACUUGAUUUUUGCAACUGGAUCUACAUUUGAAUAUUAUCAAGCUUUGUCUCACUUGACUGACAACACAGGCACAAAGAGGCCUAAGGUGAAGAGUAGUUGUGCAAGUCACAAUGUGGUGAAUCUUGCAGAUUCAAAGAGAGUGCAUGGCCUUGCAGUGACAGGCAUAACUUCAAGCAACCCUCAGCAGUGGGAGAUCUCCAGAAGGGAGAGAAUUGUCAUCAACAUCUCAUAUGAUAUUCAAGAUUAUCACUUCCCUCAUGCCUAA